AUGGCAUUUCCCCGAGAUAGUGGCCAUGUGGUAUCGUAUCUUCGUGCGCUAUACAUGACACAUGCUGAAGCUGAUAUGUCCAAUACCAUUUUCAUGGUUCCUCCUCCUGUCCAUGGCGUUAAAGAAGACUUGUUUCACGAUAUAUAUCAGCCGGAUUCGCCGCCAAUUACGUUUAAUAUGCUGGACCACUUAAACAGAGCUACCAAGAGGCACCAGCAGAAGCCAGGAAGGGGAUUGACUGGAAACAAGAUCAGAAGACGUAAAAAGGGGCCGAAGAGAGAGAAAGGUAGAAACAAAGGUGGUCCACAAAAUGGCAAGAAACCGCCGGUUGAGUCGGAAACGAAGACAGUCGUUGAUGUGGAAGAUGCUGGAUCAGAUACAGAAGAAGGUAGCACGGAAAAGGUGAAUUCGCUGGAUAUUUCCGAUCCCUCAUCAACUGAAAGAAAGAAGAGCAAAACUAGUUCCAAAACCUCCAAGAACAUGGCCAGAUUUGUCCCACGAUUGAGGUUUGUCAAUCCGUACCAACAGAAAGGCUCAGAGCAUGAUCUUGAACUAAUUGAAGAGGAGACUCACGAUGCACAAUCGACUCAACAGCAGCAUAUUUCAGAUGGAGAUGAAAAUGACGACACAAAUACGAUAAAAGAGUCUUAUUUGGUCCCAGGUGGAUUCGAAACAGGCUCAAGUGCCAGCUUGGCAUUGCCCGAAAGAAAUCGUCAAAGCCCGUCUGAGUUCUCGAUUUCUUCCAACGAAGCCCAGAACCUACAAACGAACGAUGAUGAAUCUGACACUACCGAAUUAAACGACGAUGACACUUUCGAUUACGAUUAUGACGACGAAGACGAAGACGAUGAAGAGGACGAUGAUGACGACGACUUUGACGAAGAUGAAGAAGCAGAUGAUGUCUCGUCCAGCGAUUCAGCAUUUACUGAUAUCGAGGCCGAUUCCGUUAUCGAUUCUUCUCUUUUAUACCCCUUUGACAAUGAAAGCGGUUUUCCAUUUGAUAACAACAACGUUCUUGAAUCCAAGAGAUCACGACGGAAGAAACUGCGGAUGAACUCAUAUGAGGAAAAUAACGACUCUUCCGGAACAAGCAGAAUAAACUCACAGGCUGGUUCUAUGAGUGGCACUCUGCCCAUCAAGCGGUCCAAAUCAGUUCAGUUCAGGGGCCAAUUUAUCAUCGAAAAGGUGGAGCCCCGUCAAACGUCCCAACUCUCUUCGAAUUUAAGCUCUUUGAUAUCUUCCAAGGCAAGUAGCACAGACAGAAACCCUCUUGAAUACUUUGGCUUUGUUGGAAAUCUGGGCGGAAACAUUGUGAAAAUCAGUAUCUACCUCCCACCUAGUACUUCACCCACCUUUAGUGUGACAGUCAAUUCUAGUGUCGCAGUUUCAGAUUGCAUUGGCUUCAUUCUUUUGAAUUUGUUUAAGGAAGAGAAGCUUUCCGUUCUUGAGGAAAUGCAGUAUAUGAACCCCAACUUUUGGCGACUCGAACUAGUUGACGAGGAUGGAGAAAAUUAUGGCUCAUUUGGAAUACUAGACCGUACCAGAUUGUUGUCAUCUUAUAACAACCCAAGCGAGUUGGCUCUUUGCAAGAUAUCGAACGAAGGGGAAUAUAAACGCAACGAGCAGCAGUCCCCGCUCCCAAUGGAGUUUCUGCUGGCUCUCGAAGAAUACAAACGAAAUCAGAACUUGCAUAGAAUUGAGGACCAAACAAGUCCUACAAAGGACAAAGAAGGACUUUUGACAGAAAUCAAGAUUCUUCGGAGCGUUCAAAGUGUCAAGUUUCCCCAGUAUGAAAUUUUUACAAUUUUUCUCCCAGCUUAUUCGACAGUUCAGGAUGCUUUAAAUGAGUACUGUUCUCUUCAUGGGUUGGAUCCCUCUCGACAUAGUUUACGAGAAAUGUUUCUGUCUGGAAUGACUAGCAGCCGCCAUCCGCAAGCCACCUUGGACAAACACGAUCUUACCAGUCCAAGCGCUUGGGAGAUGGGUCGGGUACUUUCCAAGUCAGAAGUCAUCACCAAUACCACAGAAGCUUUUGAGAUUGUAACAGAGGAUAACAAUUUCAUAUCUGUUGGUAACGAAACGUUUUUGAAUGCUGGUAUAACCCCUGCUUUAUCAACACCGUUACGAGACUCUCCUCAGGCACAGCUUUCCAGCACAUUUAAGUCCAUGUCGAUGGAUGAAGGACACACGAAGGAAAACACUGCAACAAAAAGAGCAACACAAGGGCCAGGUGGGAACCAAAAGAAGAACAACGAGAAGGACCUCAUGGUCUUGGAUGAGAUUAUUCGUGGUAAAAACCUGGAUCUUCCUACUAAUCUCAACACAGUUUACUUCAAGUGGAAGGCGUGGAGAAGAAAAGCAACGCUUUUGAACAGACUUGAAAAGUCGCUAAUAAUCGAUGGUGAUUACAUCCAUCUAGCACCUUCAGAUGAAGCUGCUUGGAAGGUGAAUCCAAACGAAAACUCACUAGUUCCUGGAAUGCAACAUAGCGGUUCGACGCAUUAUCACAACUACCUUCAUCAUUACAAUUACAGCAACUAUUACAAUAAGCUGAUGAUGAAAACCAGUUCUUUCCAUGUCACUCAAAUCGUCAAACUCAAGCGUUAUCCGAACAAAAGUCCGAACCAUUUUAAAAUCGUGGUUAACAAGCAACCAGGAAAGACUCCUGUCAAAGAGCGCGACUCCAAUCUCAAAAAGAAAUACGAUCUCGAAGCAAGUAGCCCGUCUGAGUGUGAAGAGAUCAUCGAGAAGAUCAAGUGGGUUUUGCAGGUGUACAACAUGAGUAACCUCAAUGCCUAA